AUGGGUCUCUUCCGAAUCGACUUUCUCGCUCUAUGGCUUCUCUUACUCCGUCUCGCGACAGCUGCCGCCCCAGUUCCAACCAAAGACGGCUUUUGUUUCAAAUACAUCAUCCAAGGUUAUGAUACGUGUGCAUUGAUUGCCAAAGCACACGGUAUCACCGAGGCCGACAUCGAAAGCUUCAAUAAGAACACCUGGGCAUGGCUCGGAUGCGGACGGCUAUACCAGGGUGACUUUAUCUGUCUCAGCACAGGGAAACCUCCAAUGCCAAUGGCCCUUCCCCAAGCUACCUGCGGUCCGCAAGUACCUGGAACAACUCGUCCGGCCAACUGGGCCAACCUCGCCGGAAUGAACCCAUGUGCUGAGUCUAAAUGUUGUGCUUUCUGGGGCCAAUGUGGUGUCACCGAUAUAUAUUGCCAAAAUUGCCGCGCACCUCCUGCCGGUCCUACAGCCACCGUGAAAGGAGCCACAGAGGCUCCGAAAUCCCAAACUUCUAGCAAUACAAAGGCAGGAGGAGCCAAUCAGUCUGUCAACACCGCUGCCGGCUCAAAACCUACCUCCAACCCCAACUCCAAGUCCAAUACUACCACCGUUAAGGCCACGAAAAUCACAACAAUAACCAAAUCUUCUACUACAACAAAAGCAAAAGCAGCCCCUGAACCAAGUGUAUCUCAAUCCCCUUGGACAGCACCUUGGGAGAUCACACUAUACAGUAAAAUGGGUUGCGAGGGGGACUACUACCACCUCGAGGGGUAUAACAAAGAAUUCCUCGACAACAAGGGCUGUUUAAACCUCCACGGUGGCCUCAAUAGCAAGUUCACCGAGACGGGCGUUACCUGCAAAUGGUGGACCGAUGAUGGCUUCACGUGGAGUAGUUGUGAUUCGAGCAAGCUUAUGAAACCUCAGUCUUGGAUCCUCAAGAAUGGGUAUUGCUCUGCCUUCAUGUUCGAUUAA